AUGUGCUGCAUUCGCUCCGUAGUAUCGACGUCGCCGGCGCUGGCACCGGACCGGCAGGGAGAAUCCAAGCUGUCCACGAAACCCGGGGCGGACUGCACCCGAGCCGAAGCCGAAGAGGUCUCGGCAGUGCCGCCGGAGCAUCUGGAGCUGCACCAGGACAUCCUUGGGCGGGCGACCCGCGUCACGCGCCAACUGCUGAUAGCCAUCCGCGAUCGAGCGCAACGGUUCCAGCAAAGCACGGCGUACAGAAUAUUGACCAGCACAACGCAACCGAGCCACGCGAUAACGACCAUCGUGACGUCGCUGGUCCUCGUGGCGCUCUGGCCGAACCUGCUCGGAUCGGACGGAGCGGCCGGUGGGGCGCACCGCACAAUCGUCGACGCGGACGGGAAGCCGAAUGUGGCUAGCCAACUGUUCACGCAGCUCGCCUAUCUCGGCUCGUUCACGAUACACUUCGGUGCGCAAAUCUGGAUGACGUUCGUAUCGGGCUUGGCUUUGUACUUCUCGCUACCGCGACACACGUUCGGGCUGAUCCAGGAGGUGCUCUUCCCAAAGUACUUCGCACUCGGGACCGGGCUCAGCACAAUCAGCCUUAUCAGUUUCGUUGAGCUGCGACGAAACCAUCGACCGGAGCUGGCCCACCGCCCACUCGCUUACUGGGAACCGGCCGAUCUGCUGCAGAUCAUAGUGCUCGCCCUAACGGCGGCUCUUGAGCUCAUUGUUCGCCUCUACCUUGCACCACCCAUGCUGCGUCUGAUGCACGAAAAGCAUCGCAUCGAGGCGAAGGCCAGCAUCGGGCAGGAGGUUGGCCAGUACGAGGGCGGAUCGAGCGAGCAGCUCGUACGCUCCGACCACUAUAAGGCGACGCACAAAAAGUUUCGCCAAAUCCACAUGACCACGGCGAUCCUCAACAUCGUGUCGCUCUCGUGCACCUGCAUCCAUCUGCUCUACCUAGCGACGAAAGUGAACGUCUGA